CGUAGAAGGGCAAUCCAGUCCCAUAAAAAAAUAAAGUCGCACGUGUUGUUGAUCCAAACAAGAUUUCUCGAUUCGUACGCUUCUCUCUCCUCCUCGCCUCUCUCGCAGUCUCGCUCGCUUCACUUACUGUUCCUCAGGAAUGGAGCAAACUGCAAAAGAUGCAUUUGAGCGACAGCUGAGUACUGUAAAAGAUACAUUCGAGCAUGUUGCCAAGAAACAAAAAUUGUCAUCAUCUAAGUGCCAACAAGUAAUUGAUCAGGUGAGUCAUGAAAUUGAACAAAAAUUGGCAAACAUCAAAUCAGUUGAAGGCCCCGUGUCUCCUGCUGAUCAAAAAUCCAUCCUGACAGAGUUAAAGCAUAAGCUUAAUGCAAUUAGUCCGCUGAACCAAUUAGAAGGGUUGCAUAAGGAAUUGCACAUUGCCUUGAGCAAGUAUCCAAAAAUCCUUGAGAAAACUUUUAAUCCUGACAUAUCCAAGGCAUACAUAAAUGUUGACUUUGACUUCCACAUAGUGAAUCAGAUAAUAGCAAGCCAUUUUUACCGGCUAGGCCUCUUUGAUCUUGGAGAUUGUCUAAUAAAUGAGGCUGGAGUGUCAGAAGCAACAGCUUUAAGAUCUCAAUUUGUGGAGUUGCAUCAAAUACUUGAUGCUAUUAAGGUUAAAAAUCUGGAGCCUGCUCUUAAAUGGGCUUCUACCAAUCAUGAAAAGCUCAAGCAGAAUGGUUCAAAUCUGGAACUGAAAAUUCACCGCCUGCAGUUUGUGGAGAUUUUGAAGAAAGGAAGUAAAACUGAUGCCCUUAAUUAUGCCAAAAAUUUCCUCUCUCCUUUUGCUUCACUUCAUAUGCAAGAGGUUCAAAAGCUAGUAGUUUCCAUUUGUUGGAUGGGGAAACUUGAAAAGUAUCCUUACUCUGACUUGUUUUCUCCAACUCAUUGGGAGUUGUUGUCCGAGGAUAUGACUCGCAGUUUCUGCAAUCUCUUAGGAAAGUCUUAUGGUAGCCCAUUGAGCUUUACGAUAGCUGCUGGUAUUGAAGGGUUGCCUACUCUCUUGAAGCUGGCAAAUGUGAUGGCUGCAAAGAAGCAAGAGUGGCUAGCAAUGAAACAACUACCAAUUCCAGUGGAAUUGGAUAAAGAAUUUCAGUUUCAUUCAAUAUUUGUUUGUCCAGUGAGUAGGGAGCAAGGCAGUGAUGAUAAUCCACCGAUGCUGAUGCCAUGUCUACACGUUCUUUGCAAGCAAUCGAUUGCCAAGAUGUCGAAAGGCAACUCACGGAUGUUUAAGUGUCCCUAUUGUCCAGCUGAGUCUCCUGUUGCUCAGUGCCGGCAGCUAUAUUUCUGAUACUUGGUAGGAAUUGUUUGGGGAAAUGGGUGGGUAGUGGAUAUUGAUUUAGUUGCUUUUAUGGAGUACUGUAAAUAGACAUUCUUUUUGAAUGUCUCUUUGAUUGUGAUUAUUCAGUUGGCAUCAAUACUAAUAUAGGCAUGUUAACACAUAAAAUAAAA